UUUCACUUUUCUCAUAUUAAAUAUUAAUGAUUAACUUUUGGCGAUAAUGUGGAACUAUAUUGAUAUAAGCUACGUCAAUUUCAGGGAGUACAGCAUUUAUUCACGUUAUUGCUGAUAAAUUCCAUGCCCUUGUCUUUUCAUAAGAUCAUUUCAACCCCCUACCAAGUUGUUUUCUUUUUGAAGAUUUCUUUUAAAAAUUGCUAAAUACUUGGUCUUGACAGGAAACAUGUGGUAAGAAAGAAUGGACCCGAAAAAUGGAAGUUCUUUCACUGGCUUUAUCCUGCUGGGUUUCUCUGACCGGCCUCAGCUGGAGCGAGUCCUCUUUGUGGUUCUUCUCAUCUUCUAUCUGCUCACCCUGCUGGGAAACACAAGCAUCAUUGCAUUGUCCCGCCUGGACCCACACCUGCAGACACCCAUGUACUUUUUCCUGUCCAACCUAAGCUUUCUGGACCUGUGUUACACGACCAGCACUGUUCCUCAGCUGCUGGUUCAUCUCAGGGGAGCAGACAAGUCUAUCUCCUUCGGUGGCUGUGUAGCUCAGCUGUUUGUCUCUCUAGGGUUGGGAUGCACAGAAUGCAUUCUGUUGGGGGUGAUGGCAUUUGACCGCUACGCAGCCGUCUGCAGGCCCCUGCACUACACAGUGAUCAUGCACCCCCGUCUCUGUGCCCUGAUGGCUUCUGCAUCAUGGUUCAUUGGUUUUGCCAACGCCUCGUUGCAGACGGUGCUCACCUUCCUUGUACCACUUUGUGGGAGAAAUAAAAUAGACCACUUCUUUUGUGAGGUCCCCCCAUUGCUGAAGCUUUCCUGUGUUGACACUACUGUGAAUGAGUCUGAGCUCUUCUUUGUUGGUGUGAUCAUUCUCCUCAUACCUGUGGCAUUAAUCACGUUGUCCUAUGGUCGAAUCGUCAGGGCAGUGUUAAGAAUAAAGUCAGCCACAGGGCAGAGGAAAGCAUUUGGGACAUGUGGGUCCCACCUCACGGUGGUCUCCCUGUUCUAUGGCACGGCCAUCUAUGCUUACCUCCAGCCCAGCAACAACUACUCCCAAGAUCUGGGCAAGUUCAUUUCUCUCUUCUACACCAUCAUCACCCCCAUGGUCAACCCCUUCAUAUAUACCCUGCGGAACAAGGAUGUGAUGGGAGCAGUGAGAAAGGUGUUGUGUAGGGGCUAUGACUCCAGAUGA